CGCCCGGCCGUGGCUCCUCCCGGGCGCAUCACGGCGGGCGGAGCCUCCGCGGCCGCUCCGCCGGGCGCAGCCGAGCCGGGCCGGGCCGGGCCGGGCCAGCGCAGCACGGUGCCGUCCGGAGGUGCCUGCCCCCCCCCCCCCAGGUUGGGUACCACAAGCGGGGCCGAGCAUCUUCUCCUGCAUCCCUGGGCACGUGACGCGCCGGGCUCCCGUCCAUGGGCGGCGAGAGGCCGUGAACAGGCCCGGGCACCGCUGACCUCCGGGCUCCGACCCCUGACAGCUUCGGGAUCCGUUCUGCGGGGAAUUCAGCUCAUCCGGGCCCGCUCGGCCCGUCCUGCCUGGCUGCUCGCCCCCAUGGAGGAGCUUGGUGGACCGUCAACAAGCAGCACGUGUGGGCCCUUCCCAGCGUGGCACACGCAGCACUAGCGCCGCUGGCUGAGCUCUCAGAAGUCCUGGAGUGGUUUUUAAGCAAGGCCGAGCUGCCUGCUGUGAUUUUAGGGCCCCGCUCCCUCUCCUGAGCGGUGCCAGCAGCUCGUGGAUGCCGAGAGCCGUGCCCUGGGAUGUUCUCCCUUGAGCUCCAAGCAGCAGCCAUCGCCCUGGACAGACCCCGCGGGGAUUAUUUCGGAGCUGUUGGGAAGGAGCUCCCGCUGGUGGAGCUCUCCUGGGGCAGAUGAGUGACCCGGUGAUGAACGGGAGGGUUCCCCUGCCUGAGAAAGCUUUGUCCGAGGGCUACGCCCGGCUGAGGUACAGGGACACCUCCCUGCUCAUCUGGCAGCAGCAGCAGCAGAAACUGGAGUCGGCUCCCCCCAACACCUACCUGAGCCGCAGCAGGAGCAUGUGGUACUCGCAGUACGGCAACGAAGCCAUCCUGGUGCGGGACAAAAACAAGCUGGACGUCUCCAGGGACACGGGGCAGUCCAAGUUUUGUGCUAUUAUGUAAUUCCCAUAGGAAUCCACGCGUGGAGAGGAAGCGGAGCUGGGGGAGGUGGGUGUGCACCACCCUGUCGGAGCCCCGCGCAGGAAGCGGCGUUGCAGGAAGGCUGGAGUUUGGUUGUUUCUGUUUGGUUUUGCUGUUUACGGACUGCCGUUCUGCACGUCGCUGAGUGUGUCCAGCAAACCCAGCCUUGCUGGGGAGCUCUCAAGGCUGUCACUGCCCAGCAUCUUAGCAGGGGCUGUGCUGGACCAUGCGUUGCUUCUAAGUGGCUCUCGUGCCCUGAGAAACACCCGCUGGCACCUGGGCACCGUCCCCAGCCACCCUUACUGGCCACUCCUGGUGCAUUUCCAGAGCUCUGGGAAUGCUGCUGGGACAGUGGCGAGCACAGAUCUGUUCCCAUCAAGGCUGUGGUUUUAAGUUGAUCUCCAAAACCAUCUGGCCAUGACUUGUUCUGUUUGCCCUGUCUGUCUUUAAUUCCUGCCCUGAAGGGUCUCUUCCAGCCAGGGAAUGGAGUGGUUCACUGUGGGAACAGGGAGAGAAUGUGUUGGGAAUUUAAUCCAAGCAGCUGGUAGGAAAGGUGUGCUGGAGUUCUGUGCAAAGCCAAGGGCCCUCUGUGAUGGAAAUACCAGGAGCUCUGGAGUCAGGGGAGCUGACUCCUUGCAGGCAGAUCCCCCAGUGAAGGGAGGGACAACAGCAAGAAACCCCUGGAAAUGCACACAUGCCCUAAGGGACACGAGGAAACUCCUGCACAGCACAGAGCCACUCCUGAGAUGGGCUGCAGAAGCAAGGAGGCCACUGGAGUUUGCUUUGCAUUCGAGUUUUAAUGCAUGCAGUAGCUUGGAAGGGUUUAAUUCUAGUUCAGGUUGGAUUGUAGGUUUGGUGCAUGUACUUUAAAAGUUGUGUCUGGGAUUGUUAGGAUUAACUGGAGGAUUUUAGGAGGGAGAAGCACUGCCCUGCUCGGGCACAGAGGCUGCUGCUUUCAGGUUUAAGUUUCUGCUGAAUCCUGACUUGCUCAAGGCAAGAUCACGCUGAGAAACUCAGCCCAGCAAGCACCUGAAUCUUUGUUAAAAACAAACCUAGCCCUUCCAGGGGUGUGAAUUAUGUACCCAGGGCUCAGCAGGAAAAUUCUUCGGGGCUCUGCCCUUGCUGUCCUGCCUAGGCCAUGUGUGCAACCCAGCAGUGCCUGGGCACAGGCUUAGCUCCAGGCAAAUCAGCAUUUGAUGUCAGCUUCAGGAUGGAUUAUUCACCUGCCUAUUAUUAGGCACAGUCAUUACUUCUGUUCUAUUCAUCUAAAACCUCCUUUGCAUUUUUUCAAGCACUUUAUUUUAUUUAUUUAUUUUUGUUUUUAAUACAGUGAAGAAUCUCUUCCACCUCUCCCGUGUGGGUGAAACGCUACAACAAACACACAGACACUCAGCCUUGCUGAACUCAAUGUACUGAGCAGAACACGCCUGCUCUAGAGUGAAAUCCUAGAGGUUUGGUGUACUCAGCCCUGCUCCACAGCACUGCAAACAAUAGGCAGCUCGUUGUUUUUUUAAAAGCACUAUUUCUGCAUGUGUUGGUGUUUGCUACCUUGUGUGUGUGCGCUCGUAGAUUUAAAGCUCGCUGCUUUGCAGACCUGUGCAUUGCUCUGCACACAAAUAACCCUCUUGCUUUGGUCAGGACUAGCUCUGGAGGAGAAACAAUCCAGUGAAUAAAUGUUUUUCGGGCGAGUGCGAGCGUUCAAUGAAUUCACAACCCCAGCGAGGCUCGGCGAGGUGCCCGGGGAGCAGAGCCAGGGUGUGUGACCCACCUGGGCCUCCAGUGCUUGGCUGAGUGAACAGGAGAUGAUUUACUCCAGCAGGCAGGGGCUGGGCCCUCAGCUCCCCGGGAACUGCAGGUGGAUUCACCUGGAGAAGCAGGGGAGGUGGGUUCCAGGCCAGCCCUGGGGAGCACGUGAACUCUGGGAGUUUAAGGAACAGCACAUCCCCCAAACCAGCUGUUCAUUUUCUUUUCUUAUAGAAAAAAGAAAUCCAACACUUAUUUUCUUUUUAAUUUCAGUAAGGAAGAUGCUUAUUUUGGGUAUAAUCAGUCUCUUUUUGUUAAUGUGGCUGGUAAACCAAAAUUCAGUUAUUUUGCAGAGUGUUAAUUGGAGUAUACAAGACUAAACCCGUAAGAAUGUGCGUAAAUUCUUCCAGGAUGGAGGCUGGAUGUGACAGCGCAGGAAGAAGAGGAUGAGUUGUCCUUCCAUCUCUGUGAAUGUGACUGUAGUUUUCCAUUUCUGUGUGUCACUGGUCACAGCAGGGUUGUGAGUGGCUGCUGUGGCUGUUCUGUGAGCCAGCUGUGUGGUGGUGAUGCACUUGUUUCAAACACUGCUGUAGCCUCUUUGAUAAAGUGCAUUAAAAUGAUUUGAGUGCA